CUGAUACUGGAAGUAAACACACCGGUUGAACAAUAUCAACGCCGCUGUCACCGAACAUUUCUAAAAGGUUGCAGUUUCGCGUUCCAUCAUUUCUGUACAAGAUAAAAAUAAAAACACUUUGUCACUUGUUAUACUACAGUAAAGCGAGCAUGAUGAAGGUAAGAAGUGUGAUUAAAAUGGUGUUGAGCGUUGAACAGUCAGAAGGAGUUGGAGCCAGGGUGCGUAGGAGCAUCGGCAGAAAAGAAUUGAAGAAUUUGGACCCGUUUUUGAUGCUGGAUGAAUUCUGUGUGAAGAAACCUGCCGGUUUUCCUGAUCAUCCUCACCGCGGAUUUGAAACGGUAACAUACCUCCUAAGCGGUGCUUCAGCUCACGAGGAUUUCUGUGGACAUUAUGGAAAACUGGAGGCUGGAGAUUUGCAGUGGAUGACCGCAGGAAGAGGGGUGGUUCAUGCGGAAAUGCCUUUGUCAGAAGAGCCCAUGCGUGGUCUUCAGCUUUGGGUGAACCUGAAAAAAGCAGAUAAAAUGGUGGAACCUCAGUAUCAAGAACUGAAAAACCAGCAGAUUCCCAAGCCCAGCAAAGAUGGCGUGACAGUGGCUGUCAUAUCAGGAGAAGCCCUCGGGGUGAAGUCAAAAAUCUAUACCAGAACGCCAACAAUUUAUCUGGACUUCAGGCUCAACAGUGGUGCCAAACAUAUGCAGCCAAUACCUUUAGGUUGGACCGCUUUUAUCUACACCCUCUCAGGAUCUGUGCAUACUGGGCCAGAUGAAGAUCAGAAGAAAGUCGAGCCCCACCACACUGUGGUUUUUGGCGAUGGUGAAUGUAUAAAAGUGGAAAACAAGGAAGAGGAGGAGUCUCACUUUGUCCUGAUUGCGGGAGAACCUAUUAAGGAACCAGUGGUCCAGCAUGGCCCUUUUGUAAUGACCUCAGGGGAGGAAAUUGAGCAGACCAUUAAAGACUUCAAAACAUGUACUAACGGCUUUGAAAGAGCAAAAAACUGGAGAUCAAAAAUUCGUGAUCAACUAUAAGUAUCUUGUGUGCCUUAUUAUACAUUUGUAAAAGCUAGUUGUUACACGUAUUAAAUGUUUUUAAUUAUAAGCUGUAUUUUUUACUUCUAUGAUUCAUUCUUUUUGUUGUUGACAUGAAGGCCAUCACUAUCAAGCAAAACUUUGUUAGAAAUCUCUAAAUGUCAUUAUAUUACAUGUAAUAACCAUUGUCAUAGCUUCUGUUGAAGUGUUUUGAAGAUUCUGAGCAGCGUGGGAGCAAGUAGCUCUAAUUACAAGCCAUUAAAGACCACCGAAACCACCUCUAA